GGCAGAUCCUGAUUACUGCGUCAUCAGAGGUUCAGUCCACAAUCAUCUCCGAUGGCAAGCAGGACGGGUACUGCUGGGGCCUGCACUUCACCUCGCGGAAUCAUCGAAAGGAGAGUCUGAUCCUGGCCAUCAUGCAUGGUACGAAAAGCGUCCACUCCUUCCAGGUUCUCGCUCGCCAGGUUGCAGGCUUGAGCCGUGGGUCUACCUCUCGCAUCACCGUCGCCGCCGCUCCCAGGCUCGCCUCGUCCAUCAUCUGUCUCCGAUGCCAAACGUCGUCAAAAAAUCUGUUGCCCUUCUCUUGGAGCCCCGCUCAGCCGCUCUACCUGGCGGUCAGGAAUUUUAGCCGGUCCUCAGCAUGGCUCCAGGCCGCUUCCUCGUCGGGUGACGGCACGGCGAGUGGACAGCAGCAACAAGCACAGGCCCAGGUCCAGCCGCGGCUGUCGCUCACAUUCACAUGUACAGUGAAAGACUGUGGUCAUCGGUCAACGCAUGAAUUCAGCAAACGAAGCUACGAGAAGGGGAUCGUCCUUGUGCAAUGUCCAGGAUGCAAGAACAGACAUCUCAUUGCCGACCAUCUAGGCUGGUUCAAAGACUCGCAUGAGGCAAAGACGGUGGAAGAGAUGGUGAAGCAACACGGCGGUCGGAUACGAAAAGGCAGCAAGUAUGCUUCCGACGGCAGCGACCAGGGCGAGACGAUAGAGAUCGAAGAGGACAGCCAUGAAGAUGCACAGCCUAAUGCUUCAGACUUAUAGCAUGAGCAAACGAAUAUUAAGCAACCGCAGGCUCCAUGAAUGCCUUGCACCGGGCGUGUCUCCCCAAGAAUAGCAGCGCAGUGUGAGCAAAGAGGAAUGGCG